UGGCUCAAGCUUUGGUGGAAUUCGCGCUGUAGACAAAAUGCAUGUAACUCAUGGAGGUGUAUUCCUGGGGAAGCGGCAACUAUGGCCGGCUGGGGAUUGGCAGUAGUGCGGAUGCAGCCAAGCCGCAGCUGGUAAGUGGAGUGCUGAACGGUUACGAAGUGGUGGGGACAGCUUGCAGCUGGUACCACUCUGCAGUGGUCACAUCCACUGGCGACGUUGCAACCUUUGGCUCCAAGAUCACCAAGUGCCUUGGGACUGCCGCCAGCGGCAGUGAUGCUUCAUCGGAUGCGUCGUCUGGUGACGUCGACAGCGAAGAUGAAGCGGCAAUGGGGCUCAAGGCAAGUCCGAGCAGGAGCAAAGAUAAAGCUCGCAAGCAGCGGAAGACCCCCGUCUACUCCAAAGGUACCCGCAGUACCAGUGACUUCGUGCCAAAUCUCUUACGCUCUUUUCCAUCCAGGGUGAACGUAGUUCAAGUGUCUGUUGGUAGCGACAUGCUGGGCGCCCACACUCUGGCUGUUUCCAGAAAUGGCCGCCUGUACAGCUGGGGCUAUGGACCUGCAUGUGGCCUUGGGAGUACUGCCAAUGUCAGCACGCCGACUCUGGUCACCAAGUUUCUAGGGACGGGUGCAGGCGAAAGCGGUAGUGGUCGGCAAAAGCAGGACAUGGAACCACUGGGUUGGGGGAAACACUCCCACCUGCGCUACCGGCAGCGAACGUCGAACAAGAAUCUGGGCUUGCAGCUUUUGAGGCCGAGAAUUGCAAAGGCUGCUUGCGGCGGGGGAUUCAGCAUCGUUUUGAGCAGUGAGGGAGAGGUGUUUACCUUUGGAGUCAGUGCAAGCGGUCGGCUUGGUUUCCGGACCAAGUUCCGUGCGCAGCUACGGCCGCGUCGCAUCGAAACUCUGGCAGAGGGUACGACGGACAUCGCGGCUGGGGCUGCGUUCGUGCUUUUGUGCUCAGCUGCAGGGAGGCUGCUGUCUUGGGGUGACAACAGCAAAGGGCAGCUUGGAGUCGGGCAUUUGCAAGAGUCUCAUGAGCCGCUGACGUUAAGUCGUGCGUGUCCAGCUGCCUUUGUUAUGCAGGCUGUAGCUGCUGGAGAUUCGCACUCGUUAGCCCUCGAUUCGGCUGGGAAAGUCUACAGCUGGGGAGGAGAAGGUGGCCCGAUGACUGGUCAAGGUCAACCUGUGCCGAAUUCCACGCAAGUUGAUGCCGCGUUUCAGUUUCGUCUGAGACAAUUGUCGCACUGGUGGGUACGGCCACAUCCUGUUAGAGCGCUAGCUGGCAUUCGCAUCGUGCACAUCGAUUCGGGCUGCCUGCACUCUGUGGCGCUAUCACAGGAUGGCGCCCUGUACGCUUGGGGAGCGCCUCUUCAGGCUGGCACCUCGAGCACGCGCGCGCGCUUGCGCUCGGAGGUGUCGUGGGUGCCACGCCUGGUGGCUCCAAGCCCCAAGCUUCCGUUGGUGCGGCUUGGCACCGUAGCAGCGGGAGGCUGGCACUCGAUGGCCACGGCGGCGCCCUCCAGCCCGCUGGAGAGGCUGAUGCCACCGGACUGGUGUCAGGAUGAGCCACCCAAUGUAGCUCAGGCCUCGCAGAGCUUGAUGGACUUCUGCGAUGGCUUCUUGGUCUCCGAAGUGGAUUCGACCUCAGAGGAAGAAGCCAGGAUACCACUUUGCUGCACGGCUGUCCGAGCCAGACUUGCCAUGCCUGAUGGUACUGACUCGCCAAUAUGGCGAGCGUUCUCUGCGCAGGUGGUUCGACUUCGCCCCGAAUCCGUUGCAGUUUUUGGGGCUGAGGUUCGAGCCUCCGAGCCGUCAGAGGACACCAGCAGCGGCGAAUCUGGAGGUCUGAUGGAAGUGGCGGAGUUGCAUCGCUCAAGAAGGUCGUCGGCCCAAAGAAAGCUUCCGGCGCUGCGCAGCAGUGACGCAGACGAAGCGGCUGGCUUGGCCUUGCACCCUCCGGUGCCCAAGAAAGUUCCUAGCAAGGUGCCUCCAAGGAAAGUACCUGUGGCGGAUUUCAGCUCCGAUUCCGACUCAGGUACAGAAAGACCAGGUGCUGAGGAAGUGCGGCCUGCACCACAAGCGGCAGUGCCAAAAAAAGUGCCGGAUUUCAGUUCUGAUGACAGUCUUUCAGAGGAGGAGCUUAUGCCCGAUGAUGUGAUGGAGGCUGCAAGACAAUCUCCUCCUUCACGCUCGUCCGCGACGCCCGUGCGACCUCGAGUGCCCCGAAGACCUUCCUUCAGCAGCCAGGUGCCUUUGUCCACACUUGGCGGCUUGGAGUUGCGGAAUUUCAGCGAGGCAGUCUUGGCAGCGCUUGUGCGAUUUCUUUGUACAGAUAUGCUCAGCAACUUGAAAGUGAUUGAUGAGUCUCACCCUGUUUGGCAGCGAGAGCAGCAGCUCCGCAUGCGACUACCAGGCUCAAACCCAGAGGGCUCGCCCGAUGAUGCGAAGCGCCCGACGCGGGCCAGAGCAACUGGUGGGAUGCUUUUGAGACGCGAGGUGACUGAUUUGCGGCAGAUUGGCACAUCGUUGGGCCUGGAGCGUCUCGCGCGCCUUUGUGACCAGCUAUUGCUGCGACUGGAUGCUCCUGGUGCUCCAGCACUCUUUGUGCCCAGCUCCUCCAUUGCGUCUGCGAUGUGGACUUUGCUACGGCAGACUUUGCGCUCUCCUGACCGCGAUGGUCCUGACACGGAGCUCCUAUGUGAUCCUCCGCAGCCGCGGGUGCGGUGGGGCCCGCGUUGGCUGCCCAAAGAUGGGCGCUUGCAAGCCCACGCCUUUGUCUUGUGCGCUGGCUGCACAGCCAUGCAGCGUGAGCAGAGGCCCUCCGAUGGACCAGCUGAGUUGGCCGGGGGAGGGGGUUGGCUGGGCCAAGUGGCGGCGGAUGCAUCUUCCUCGACGUUCCCUGACUCCCGACCAAUGUUGCGCUUGCGACACCGCGACGGGGGUGGGGGAGGUGCCCCACGUUACGAGCUGGACCUGCGACAGUUCCCAGCAGAUAUGGUCUUCGCGUGGCUUCGGUACUUGUACUCGCAGGACGACCUGGAGCUCACAUGGCCUUUGCAAGCAGAUCAUCCGCAACCGGAGGCAGAGCAGUGGUGGAUGCAGCUGCUGCAGCUGGGGCAGCUGGUUGGAGAUUGGAAGCUGCAGGUCUAUGCCCAGGACACCCUGGUGGGAGCCCUGAGCGGCCAGAACUGGGCGGACAUGCUGAUGUUUGCUGAGAAGGUGCAAUGUACCGUACUGUCCGAAGCCGCCAUCAUGACGGGCCUGCGUCAGCUGCUGCCGCAUCUUUUGGCCUUGUUUCGAGUCCCUACUGGCCUUGAGGGGCCAAGGGAUUCUGACCGGGGCAAGGAGCAGCCGGAACAGGCAGCAGGAGGUGGGGUCGCUCAAGGCAGCAUGGAGGUUGAGAUUGAAAGAAAGUUCAUGGAGUUGGGCACCAUCAAGCCAGCGUCGCAUGCAAAGGCUUUGCUAUUGGACUUGAAGAAGAGCAGUCCCUCGCAAUUCGCCGAGCUCAAGGGCAGACUCUCAGAAGCGAUCACAGCUGCACAGAAAUCUGGAGCCCAGCUUCAGCGCUGCGUGCAGUACUUUGACUCUCACGAGCAGAGGGGAUUCCGGCGAGAAGAAAGCAAAGGUCGAGCGCUGCGAGCAGAGCUAGUGGUUGUUCUGAUGUUGCUCGGUGUGUUCCUGCUCCCAGCAACAACAAGGCAGACUAUCUACGGUGCACUGGUGACAGUGACGGAGCCUUUCAUGGCUUGGGCCGCAUACAUGGACCUGGGCUCGCUGCUCCCAUUCGGGUCAGCUGCUGCCCGCAUGUUCGCAUUGAACAUUUUCGUGCUCGUCGUGCUGAUGGGUGUUGUUUAUUCUGCAUUGCAGAAAUAGGUUAUGGCUACACUCCAAUGUGGUCAACAGAUCGCUUUCUCACCUUUAGAGAAAUGUGCUUUGCCGUGGCGAUGGUUUGCAAGAGUUUGUU